AUGCUAAAAGGGGUCUCGGACCCCCAAAACUGGGGGUCGCUCCCCUUCACCGUCGACGGGAGCGAGCAGUGGAUCCGCAACUUCCGGGACUACUCCUCCCUGGACCUCAAAAAGGGCCACGAAAACAGGCCUGUCUGGGUCUGUCCGGAUGGCUACCUAUACUUGGAGCAGUUCACGAACGUCAGCCGGCAGGCGCAGGACUUCCUGGUCACCAUCGCGGAGCCCGUAUGCAGACCCGAGUUCGUGCACGAGUACCAGGUCACUGUAUUCUCGCUCUACACGGCCGUUUCCGUCGGGCUGACGGUGGAAGAACUGCUGCUCAACCUCAACAAGUUCUCCAAGAACAAGAUCCCUGGCAAGCUCAAGGACUCCAUCAUCCGAACAGCAUCGUUCCGCACAAGCGGUGACGGUAAUGGAAGCCAGCCGUUAGCUUACGUGCCGUGCAUUGCCGUGUGGCAAACCUCAGGGGACUGGCCUGUCGUGGAAGCCGCUAUUGCGCGGGGGCUGAACGUGUUACCAAAUGGAAAAAAAUCCAUUACAGCUGCAUUGCCCCUACACAAUGUACAAGCUUAUCUGAUGCUGCAGGCGUUCGGCAAGAUCAAGCUGGUGCUGAGAGAUAAUCGGUACUGGAUUGAGUCGCAGGAUAGGAAGGAGCUCGACCACCUGCUCACCAACGCGGUCAUAAGGAGCGCGAGGAUAAUGGGAAACACGUGGGAUCGCGGAGAAAGCCACGCGACCAACGACACCGACUACGUCACGUCCGCGGUGUUCACCGCCGAUGCGUCGUCCAUCAUGUUCAACUCGGCCAACACCGGCGACGCCGCGAGGCCAGUCAUGGAGUCGAACAUGCCGGUGGCAAUCGAGGGCAUGGCCAAAGUGAAGGAGGAGGACCGAGCAACCAGCCAGGUGUACUCGUUCGAGGUGUACCAGGAAAAGAUCGAGGAGCUGAAGCGAGAGGCACUGAAGUCAAUGCGCCGGCCCCUGGUCAUGGAAUACGAUUUCAGGAAGGACAAGAAAACGCCGACCCUGGAAUGCUGCGUACGCACCAACAUCAAGAUCAGAUACUACCAGGAGCGCGCGCUCAGACGGAUGUUCAGCAACGGGCGUGCGAGGUCAGGUAUCAUCGUGCUCCCGUGUGGCGCGGGUAAGACGCUCACCGGCAUCGUGGCCGCGUGCACGGUGCGUAAGCCCAUUUUCGUGCUCACAACCUCGGCGGUAGCGGUCGAACAGUGGGUCAAGCAGUUCAUGGACUUCACCAACAUCUCCUCUGAGAAGCUGGUGUCCCUCACCUCCGACAACAAAAGCGACCUGUGGGCCGCUGACGAGGCGGGCGUGCUCAUCUCGACGUAUACCAUGAUGGCGUACUCCCGGAAACACAGAGAGUCCACCGAGAACAUCCUCAACCAAAUCAAGCAGAGGGAUUGGGGGCUGCUGAUAUUCGACGAAGUCCAGUUCGUGCCCGCGCCCGCCUUCAGGCGGAUCAACGAGAUCGUGCGCUCGCACUGUAAACUGGGGCUCACCGCCACUCUGGUCAGGGAGGACGACCUCAUUAAGGACCUGCAGUGGUUGAUCGGGCCGAAGUUGUACGAGGCCAACUGGCUGGAGCUCCAGGAGAAGGGCUUCCUGGCCAAGGUCAUAUGUAAGGAGAUCUGGUGCCCGAUGACCGCACCCUUUUAUCGCGAAUACUUGCGCAGCGACUCCGCCAAAAAGCGCCGGCUCUGGUCCUGCAACCCAGUCAAGCUCGCCACGUGCGAGUACCUUUUGAAGUUCCACGAGGCGAGGGGGGACAAGGUCAUCGUCUUCUCCGACAACCUGUUUGCCCUGCUGCAUGUGGCUAAAAUGCUGCACAGACCGUUUAUCUACGGCAAGGUGACGUCAGCAGAGCGCAUCAUCAUUCUGAACAAAUUCAAGAAUGAAAACACCUUCAACUCCAUCAUCCUCUCCAAGGUAGGGGACAACGCCCUGGACAUACCCUGCGCCAAUGUAGUUAUUCAAAUAUCGUUCAACUUCGCCUCCAGACGGCAGGAGGCGCAGCGUCUGGGGCGUAUCCUGAGGCCCAAGAGCAAAACGGACGAAAAUGGGUUCAACGCCUUCUUCUACAGCUUGGUCAGCAAAGACACGCAGGAGAUGGUCUUCGCCGACAAGCGUCAACAGUUCAUCAUCGAUCAGGGGUACGCGUACAACGUCACCAGCUCGUCGGAGGUCGUCAAAGACGAGAGCAACCUUGUAUACUGCCGCCCCGAGAUCCGGGAGGAGCUUCUGCAGGACAUCAUAACGGCGUGUGAUGAGAACGACGACGAGGAAGAUGAGCUGGUCCACCCUGACGACCCGCAGAGCAAGGUACAUACGGUGGACCCGGCGUUGCUCGUGGCUGGUAGAGAGCGAGCCUUGUCGAAGCUGUCCGGCUCGCUCCACAAGCAAAGCAUCAAGCACCACAUGGCGAACGCAAAUCGCAUGAAAAAGGGAACGCGCAAACUUGCCAACCAACACCCGAUAUUCAGGAAAUUCUUCUCAGGUGCGAAGAGCUAG